AUGGAAAAAAGUGAGGAGCAUACUACACAUGAUUCAAAUGACGAUGAGACUAUGAUGCAUGAAUCAAAACCUGAAGGUACUUCAAAAACAAGUUCUGAAAGUCCUCAGCCAAAGCUCAAGUCGGAGACGUUAGAGACAUCCCAGCCGCCAGAAGAUGAUGUGGAACUUGGAUCACCAGAAAUAUCCGAUGAUCUAGAAGAACAAGAAGAACAAGAAGAGGCACAGGAGCCUGUAAAACCCAUUGAGAGCAAUCCCGCCUCAUAUACAUUCCGUGACCUUCUUCUCUUGACACAGAUUCUUCAUACUCUGGGUCUCAUAGAACCCAAGCAGGUCCUUCAAUCGCCAGAUCUCGAUGAAUGCGGCGAAACUUGGUUUAAUCAUAAAUGCACUGUGUUAGCACGACGUUUAGGGGAAUUUCCUCUUCAUACUGCAGCUACUAGCGAUCAAGUCAAACAGCUAUACGAAAAUAUGCUUCAGGACUUUUCGCCGUGCCAGAAUACAACGGAACUUGCAAACAGUUUCUAUCAUAUGAGAAUUAGAGAGUUGGAAACCAAAAUAUUGGAAGAGAAGGAUGCCUUCGAGACCCUUCACAACGUUGCAUGA